AUGCAGGCACUCAAUUCACCUAUUCAACUCUUGGUCUGUACAAACACGGCACAAUUAUCAGAGCUGGCAGCAAUUGCAGUACCUCUUUUGUGGAGUGGUCCAAACGCGUCGAAUAUUAGUCCCGAACAUCAUUCUAUAUUCGUCAUGUUCUGUUUCAAUCUCUUAAAAGCAACCCAGCUAUCAAGCUCAUGUUUAAUCCUCGCCCUCCACUACCUCGACCGAUUUAGAUAUUCGGUCCUAAAAUCAUCAUCGACGUCAAAUUGUGAAGCCGAACUAUUAACAGCCGCAUUAAUGCUGGCCAACAAAUCCCUCGACGACAACGCAUACAACAAUCACACCUGGUCAACCGUGUCAAAGAUUCCGGUCCGCAAAUUAAAUCAGGUCGAACGAGAUCUAUUGGUCGCCUUGGAUUACAAGAUCAACCCGACCCCUCGCCAAUUCUACACAUGGGCCACCCAAUGUCAGUAUCUCUUCAACCUCACUGCCAAAGCACAAACUCUCAGAAAAUCAAACACGCCCACCAGACGUCAAACAUCCACCCCAAAACUAGUGGUUCUAACCCCUUUUUACACUCAACAAUCAUUUCCAGUCAAGCGGUCAGCUGAAGAUGCCGAUUUAGAACUAUCAGAGUACAACAAACGUCGAUCAUCUCACCAUGCACACCAACAUCAAUCUCAAUCUCAAUAUCAACCUCAAACACAAUCACAAUCACAGUCUCAAGUACAAGUACAACCUCAAAUAGUACAUCUUCAACCACAGCCACAACCACUCCCACUCCCACUCCCACAACCACAAAUAAUACAUCAUUUAGCACAACCUCAACACUAUAAUCCUGGAUACCAAGUCUACCCUCCUACUAUGGCUUGGACACCUGAAGCAAUCAUGGUCUCGACUUCGUUGAACAUGUGCCGACCAAUCCUCAGCUGGACCUCAGCUUCCCGCAAUGUUCCCUUUGUACCGCUGUACACCAAUUUUUUAGCUUCAAGUUCUUCUUUUACUUGGCUGGCUUUUGUAAAGAAGAAGAAAUAA